GAACAGGCGAGGCUUUCAGGUUGGUUACGCGAUGGCCGCUCUCUCAACAAUAUAGGGAUUUUAAAGAGAAAACAAUGGCUUCGCUGCUAGGAGAAGCGUUUUGUUGUCUGGACUAACUACCGGAAUGAUAGCGGCAUCGUAUUAGCUCGUCAGUUUUGCUUUAGCGCCGGGUCGGAGAUGUCCCUUUUCUGUUAGAGGCUCAGUGUUUUCUUGUUCGUCUCCCGGGCCUGGUGGAUGUAGCUGCUACACUGCAGCGGCGGGCUGCUACUUUCGGAUGAGCGGGCAGUAGGUCUCGAAGAGUUGUAGGAUGGAUCCAGACGGUGGGGUAGAUUCACAAAAAGCUGUCAGUUUGCAGUGGAAGAGCUACAAACUCGUCCAGGACCCAGCCAUUCGACGGGUUGCACAGAAAAUCUACAGAUAUGAUGGAGUGCAUUUCAGUGUGCCAGACUCUGGAUUUCCUCCCGUGGGUGAUCUGCGGGACCCUAGACCUCGCAGACUAUGGUCCAGGUAUACAGAACUGUCCCUGCCAGUGCCAAAGUUUAAGCUUGACGAGUUCUAUGUGGGUCCUAUACCUCUCAAGGAGGUGACCUUUGCUAGACUCAAUGACAAUAUCAAGGAGCCCUUCUUGGCAGAAAUGUGUGCCAAGUUUGGUGAGGUGGAGGAGAUGGAGAUCCUGUUUCACCCCAAGACCAGGAAGCACUUGGGCCUGGCCAGAGUGUUGUUUACCAGCACCAGAGGAGCAAAGGACACAGUCAAGCAGCUACACAACACUUCUGUCAUGGGUAACAUCAUUCAUGCUCAACUGGAUAUAAAAGGCCAGCAGAGGCAGAAGUAUUACGACCUGAUAGUAAACGGGUCCUACACUCCUCAGACUGUGCCCCUGGGAGGCAAGGCUUUGACAGACAGGCUCCAGCCUCAGGCCCCAACACAGACACAGCCACCGCCACAGCCACCGCCACAGCCUGACACGUCAUCAGAAAUCAGGCGGCGGCUCUCCAGUGAGCUUGCGGUUUUGGCAGCAGGGGUCCAGGCCCUCACAUCAGGAAGCGCCACCCCUUGCUCUGGGGAUACUGGUUACAGUGAUCAACGUCUGGACACGCCCCCCUCUUCCAUGGCUGGCACCUUCACUCCAGGCUCCAGUGCGUCAUCUCAGGGUGGUGGAGGAGGAACACCUUACAGCUCCAGAUCUGGGACUCCUUUCUCACAAGACUCGGGCUACACCGGCGCCAGGCAUACUGGCUACAACACCGGCACUUUAGGCAGCGGCUACCCUCCCCAGGACAUGCUACCUUCCUCCUCCUCGUCUUCGGCAGUCUCAUCUACUGUCGGAGGAUACAAAGUGUCUCGCUACUCGGAGGAUGCACAGGAACCUUCAGUGUAUCACCGAGGUCGCCCUAUGUACCCCCCAACCACAUCAUACCGUCCCAACGAGCCGUCGUGCUACCCCCCAUACCCUAAUGUUGGAGGGCCUGGGCAACACAUGGCACACCACUCCUCAAUGCCUCCGCCACCUCUUGCCACCCAAUAUGAUCAGCCCCCACUGUCAGAGAGGGACCGUGACAGAGACUCAGGGGGGCGUUAUGGGGCAGCAGGGAUUGGCUCCAGAAGGUCAUCUUACCACCACCAGCAAGACACAAACUCUUCCACAAAGUACCAUUCACAUCACUCUCAUCACCACUCAGAUCGCAGGGAUGACAGGGUGUACCGGCGAGACAGCCUGGGCUCCCGAUCAGGUGACCACAGCCACCAGAGACACCGCAACCACCACCAUUCUCACAACCACCAUGGCAGCAGCAGCAGCCGCAGAAGAAGCAGCCAUGACCGGGACAGGGACCGAGACAGAGAUCGAGAUAGAGACAGAGACAGUGACUACUCCAACAGCUCUGACCCCAGAUACAAUUCCAACUCCUACCGCUCUUCCUCUAACAGCAUGUCUCCUCCCCCCUCAUCUUAUUCUGCAUACUCCUCCAAAGAGUCUGCCCCAGCCCCUUCUCAGGGAUUGGACGCUUCUAACCGUCUAGGGGGCACAAGCCUCGCAGAGAGGGGCUCUCUGCCUUCAGUUGGUGCUGACAAAGAGUACCACGCUAGUCACCACAGUGCUCUACCUCCGCCUCCACCUCCUCCUGCGCCACCCCCCCUCCCGCCAGCCUCAGUCAUCGCAGCGGCUGUAGCUGAGACACUUGGAACACUGGACUUCAACCAGGAUAGUCCAGCUCGCGAAGAGCAGUGGUCAAAGCCCAAACGCCGCCCCAGCACCCCACCCGCACCGCCGAAGACGCCCCCGCCUUCCUCCCCGCCCCGCCCCUCCAUCGCUUCCUCCUCUACCUCCCCUUCCUCUACCUCCCUCCCCCAUCAUCUUCCCUCCUCCUCCAGCUCCCCACCGCCCCCUCAACGUGACUCCUCCUCCCCAGAGCCAGAUUCCACAAAUGAGAGUUUACCGUUUGUCUACCAUAGCAGCAGCCUUGACUCUCGUAUUGAGAUGCUCCUAAAGGAACAAAAGGCUAAGUUUUCUUUCCUUGCCUCUGAUGAGGAAGAUGAGGAAGAUAGGAAAGAGGAAAAGCAGAGGGGCAUACGUGGGGAUGGAGGAGAGCGAAGAGGUGGGUCAGGUGAUGUAACAGGGGAGCACACAAGUGGUAAUCAGGUGGGAGACAAUGGGGAGAAGGACCCCAGGAGGAAAGGGGAAAGAGACAGAGAUGUCCACAGAGGAAGAAAACGGGGAAAGGGGGGAGAAGGUAGGAAGAGUCCCACUGUACCUACAGCAACCAUACCAUCCUCUUCUACCUACUCUUCCCACAUCCUGCCCCCAGAGGAACCCCAGCCCCAAGUUGGCCUCACUGGGACUGGAGCUUUACAGGAGGAAUCUUUACAGGCUGGAUCUGCUGAUACACUGAGCAGAAAAGGAGCACACACGCCACCUUACAAUGGACAGAGUCAGUCCUCCCCUCAUUCCUCAGGUGAAGACAUGGAGAUCUCAGAGGAGGAGGAGGAGGAGACUACCAUUACGACGGUGACCACUCACCAACCCUCGGUCACCUCAGGUUCCUCACCCUCUUCAUCCCAGGCUGCCAUGCCUUCACAAAAAACAGACCCUUCAUCCUCGCCCCCACCCAUCUCUGACUCUGCACAGCACUUUGGCACCUCCAUGCACCCUCCCAUACCUUCCUACCCUCCUCAUUUGCCUCCUCCACCUCCCCCUGGUUACUCCCUCCAGCCCCCACCACCCCCUGGGAUCCCCCCGCUACCGCACAUGGAGCUGCAUCCCGAGUAUCCUCCUCCCAUGCCCCUUCACAUGUAUGACUAUGCCACGUCCAUGGAGCUGAUGAACCAGUACAGCGGUGGAGCUCCUAUGUCUUUCCAAAUGCAGACCCACAUGCUAAGUCGCCUUCACCAACUGCGCAUGUCGUCAUCCAAUGGCACGCCAGGCCCUGGUGAGGCAGCCACUGCAGACUACACCUCCUACCAUCUCCACUCUAUGCCCCCACCCCACACACACCACCCCUACAUGGACCAAGAAGGGAGCGGGGCAGGCGCUCAUUAUGACCAGGACCACCGCUACAUGCCCCCCCACAUGCCCUACCCCUACCCUGACCCCCACAGCACUCAGAUACCACCCCCUCCACACCAUGGUAUCCCGCCUCCCCACACUGGCUGGCCACCACACAUCUUACAGCCACACUACCCCUCCUUCAUGCCCCCACCCGGCUAUGGCACCAUGCUGCCUGGGGAGGAAGAGUACAGGGCUUCAGGGCAGGAGAUGCCCAUGUUGGCUGAAAAUCCACAUGAAGCCACAGUGCAGAUGGCCAUGGCCACUCUAAUCCAGGAAAUGAAAAACAUUAUGCAGAGGGACCUGAACCGCAAAAUGGUGGAGAAUGUUGCCUUUGCAACUUUUGACGAGUGGUGGGAGAGGAAAGAGACCAAGGCCAAGCCUUUCCAGACAAUGGUUAGAGGAAUGUCUGCCUUACGGGAUGAUGAGAAAAAAGAGGAAAAGGUCAACCGUCCUCGGGAGCCUCUCACGUCUCUUGUGGAUUGGGCAAAGAGUGGUGGCAUGGAGGGAUUGUCUCUCCGAGGAGCACUACGACUGCCUUCCUUCAAGGUAAAGAGGAAAGAACCUCAGGAGCUUGACCAGGGAGACAUGAAAAGGCCGCGACCCUCGACCCCACCAGAUGAGGAUGACGAAGCUGCUGAGGGGAGAAUGCCAGAGGUAAAAAGACAUGGAGCUGAGCGGGACAACAAGAGGAGGAAAAAGAGGCCAAGAAAUCGUAAACCUUGGGAGCUUGGCAGUGAGGGAGAGGAAACUUCUGAUGGCUCCUCAACUGAAAAGGAGGAUGAGGAGGAUGAAGAAAGUGAAAAGGAGUCUGAUGAUGAUGCCCUUAGUGUCGAUAGUGAUGAUGAGAGCCUAUCCUCGUCCUCUGAGGGUUCUUCCUCUUCAGCAUCCUCAUCUUCAUCUUCCUCUGAAGAUGAGGAUGAAGAGGAAGGAGAGAUGGUUGAGAGUGAAGGGCCAGACUCCAUGGACGAGUCAACCAUGGACAGCACAACUGAGAAACAUGGCAGGUAUGAUUUUGGAUCAGUCUUUUGUAAACUCUCAUAUUUUCUCUCAGGUGAAGCCAAGGACAGCAAGGCAGAUACAACAGCAGCACCUACAAAGCGACCUCCAUCGCCGCCAUACCCGCGUCCUUCGUCCCCUAUUGUUCUUGUGCCCCCUCUCAAGAAACGCAGGAAGACGGUCUCGUUCUCCACAGGCGAGAAUGACGGAAAAACGCAGCUGCCGACUGCACCGCUAUCUCCCUCACAGCUGGCGGGUGAAUCUCCUCUUCUCUCCCCUGGCAGGCCCCCGGACUCCCCAGUCAAUUCUUCCCUGUCCCCCUCGGCUCGUCCCUCUCACGGCAUCCAGUUGCUCCCCUUUGCCUCCAAACCAGGGGAAGGCAAUGCCCUCAUCGUGCCCCCAUCUGGACGAACCCAAGAUUCUGAUGAGUCCAAAAAGGGACCACCUGUUUCUCCUCAGACCACCCUUGUCAAAUCCCCUGGAAAACGGGGUGCAGGCAAAGACUCCCCCAAAUCUCCCAUCCCACCUGUUAUGGUGUGCCGCACUGUGCAGAACCUGCCAUUGGACCACGCCUCUAUGUGCAGGAUGGCCUUCGAGGAGGCCCCACCUCCACCUCCUGUCAACAAACGGUCCAGAGGCAGACCUCGGACGACCAGCUUGUCUGCUGCCUCCUGUCAUUCCCUCAGAGAGGAAGAAGAGGAUGAGGAAGAAAUUGAGCAGAGGUUGAGACUCAGAGAGCAGCUAGGGGCAUCAAGCCUCCUGCGGCUGGCCUCUGCUUCAGCCACUGACCUGUCUGUGUUGGCUGAUGUAGCCUUGAAAAUGGAUCCUGAUGCUGGGGACUCAGAGGAGACCGAGACAUCUGAUGAGGCAGAAGAGCAGAAGAUGGAAGAGGAUCUCUUCUCCUCAGAGUCACUGGCCCUGGUUAUAAGCCCAGAGGGUGUAAUUGUCCUUAUGGAGCACAACUACUGCAAACCCCCUGUUCUCCCAGUACCGUCCGGUACCAAAAGGACUUCCUCCAAACAAGACUCCUCUGUCUUGCUCCCAGCAGACCUCAACACUAUUUCUGGGGUGCUUGAAGCGCCAGAGGAGGUCAUUGGAGAAGGGCAACCACCCAGAGGAGACACUCAAGAAUACUUGGGGGGAGUGCUUUCUGAGUCUGAGGAUGCGGGCCAGGCUGCAGUUCUACCUCCAUCGUCAAAGAAGAAGAUUGCGGUUGGCAAAGGUUUCGAACUUGAAAAGAACAAGAGCAAAAAGAGGAGAAGAAAAGACAAAGAGAACCUUGAGGUUCAUCACACAAAAAAACAGGAGGAGCAGCCGGGCAAGAAACAGAGGAAACGGAAACUAGAGGACUCUGAGGAAGAUGUGGACGUGGAGGAGCUUGAGUCUGGGGAGCUGUCCAGCUCAGACACAGAGGAUGAGGUGGUUGAAGACCUGAGGAAGAGUGAGCGCCUCUUUCUGCAGGAGGCAGGGAUAAUAACAACCCAGCGUGGGCCAAAACCUGUCCCAGCAUCCGAGCUUCCGGCCAUUAAGUUUGACAACCGCAGUGAGUUUGAGCAGAUGACCAUCCUAUAUGACAUCUGGAACUCCGGUCUGGACAGCGAAGACUUGAGUUUGCUAAAGAAGACUUAUGAGAAGCUGCUGCAGGACAACCACAGCUCUGACUGGCUCAAUGAUACUCACUGGGUCAACCACACUAUAACCAAUUUGCCGAAUGCUCGGCGUAGUAAGAAGAAGAACACAGGUGGACAGCUUCGUGAGCAUGUCACCGGUUGUGCCAGGAGUGAGGGCUACUACGCCAUCAGCCGCAAGGAGAAGGACGCCUAUCUAGACCUGGACCUGCCCGAGCAGGUCAUACGGGAGGUGGAGAAUGUCGACAUCUCAGGAGCUAACCGGGUGCUAUCAGAAAGACGUUCAGAGCAGCGCCGCCUCCUCACUGUCAUCGGCACCACGGCUGUCAUGGACUCUGACCUGCUCAAACUCAACCAGCUUAAGUACCGCAAGAAGAGGCUUCGUUUUGGACGCAGCAGGAUCCACGAGUGGGGCCUGUUUGCCAUGGAGCCUAUUGCUGCUGAUGAGAUGGUCAUUGAGUAUGUGGGUCAAAACAUCAGACAGAUGGUGGCGGACAAUCGAGAGAAGCGGUACGCACAGCAGGGCAUCGGGAGCAGCUACUUAUUCAGAGUGGACCACGACACAAUUAUUGAUGCCACCAAGUGUGGCAACCUGGCACGAUUCAUCAACCACUGCUGCACUCCAAACUGCUACGCCAAGGUUAUCACCAUAGAGUCCCAGAAAAAGAUUGUGAUCUACUCGAAGCAGGCCAUCGCCGUCAAUGAAGAGAUAACGUACGACUACAAAUUCCCCCUAGAGGAGAAUAAGAUUCCUUGCCUGUGUGGAACAGAGAACUGCCGUGGGACACUGAACUAGUGGACGUGCUUCUCUUCCUCACUUGGCAACAGACAGCCAGAGUUCACCCUCCUCAGAGUGUACCCCCCCCCCCCCGUCCUCACAAUACCUAUGAAACAGAGACACACACACUUGCACUUUUCAUACACACUUUUCAUUCACUUGGCAGUUUUACAAGCCAGUGUGUGAGAGGUUUGUGUCACCUGGCAUGUGAAUACUAUGAGUGGGGGCCUCUGCAUCAGCAUUAGCUCUUCUGUGGCAGUAUUUGUGGAUUGAUUAUUAAUAUGUUUCGUGCAGCCAGGCACGAAGAGCUUUCUAUUUCCAUGCCAAUAUCCGUUUGAAGGAAGACAAUAAAAACUAAAAAGAACACCAGUAUUAUAUGUCAAUAGCGUUCCUGGAUCACUCUUCCAGUGUCAAAUCCCUCCCUGCACCACCACCCAUCCACACAGAUCCGCACACAGACGCACAGGAAUAUCUGACAAAUUCAGGGUUUUUAAAUGCGCUUGUUAAGGGUGCACUUUUAAGAUGACAAACUUCAACAUCAAUUUGGUCUUCAGUUAUGCAAGAUUUCCAAGUGUGAAGAUUGUUUUGGAGCUUUUUUAUUUCAAUUCAUAGUAUUAUAUAAUAAUAUUACUAUUGCUGUUAUUAAUGGUAUUGUUAUUUAGUUGCAUUAGCUGUAAGUAUCUUACAGUGAAAUGAGCUUUAGUGUACCCACCCAACUGUCCUUAGUGGCUUGUGAUUCACCAGCCCCAUAAAACUCAUUUCUCUUCUCUGCUGUGCGUUACUCUCCUGAUUUGCCACAACCUCCUGUUUGAAUGGGAGUUAAGUCCUUUUGAACUAUUGUUUUUAACCCACCCUGAAAUAUGUCAGUUAGGUUGUAGCUAAAGGUGUUUUAUUUUUACAUGGCUGCUGAAUUUUUGUCUGCAGGAACAGCACAACAGAAUUGGCCUGUGUUUUUUGUUUUCUUUUUCUUUUUUCCCCAAAGUUAAAGCUAUGUUAGCAAAAGUUCUUGUGAUGAGAACUUCUUUAAGUGUUUGUUUUGUAGGAUCUCUCCUUCGGUUUGUCUGUGUUUAGUUCCAUGGGAGCAAAUGUUGACGAUUCCUAAUUCAGCAGUUGGCAAACUGCAAGUUCUUUUUCUUCAGCUUUUAAAGCAAUGAUUUCCACCAAACUCAUGCAGGUCUUAGUAAACGUGUGGUCAGUGUUUAACUUAGUCAGUCUGUGUGCUACACAUGUUUUUAAAAGGCGCAUUUAUUUUAUUUGGUCUUUUCAAAGGUUUAGUUUUGUAAAGUUACCUUUUUCCCGUUUCGUUUGCCUUUCCAGAAUCCAUUAGUAUGUAUUUUAUUUGAAUGUGGAGUUGUUCGCCCCAUACAAAACAUCCCUCCCUGAAAAAUGCAUUGGCUUAAUGCAAAUACAUGUCCUGCUUACGAUCUGUUGGCAGUGUAGGUGGGUGGAAAGCAUAUAUAGAUACACCACAGCGGGUUUGUGAUAAGCUGCAGACAGCAGGAUGUAUAUGGCCCGUGUUUUGUCUCUGUUUUUCAUGUGGCUAUGGCCGUCCAAAGUUUAACCGCUAUUUUGAAUUUUUAACUAGCAGAAGACUUGUUAUUUUGUUCCCUCCCAAACAGGAAAAUGUGUAAGAUAUUUCUUGUUUCCAUGAAAGCCUUUCAGUACAAACCAACCCUCUUUACUACAGGAUGAAAGGAGAAAAAAAAAUCAAAGAAGUACAUGUAAAUAUUGUAGAGGUGUUUGUUUCUCGUAGAAACACACAGAUUUCAAGCUGUAAAUAUGUUGUUCCUUGUCCUCUCUCCAUGAGGAGGAAACAUGUACAUACCUUCCAUUCAUUUAUUUUUUAAUGUUUUUCCUUUUAAUUUGAUGAUUAUUUUAAUAUUAUUUGCAAUAUUUCUCUUGUAUUAAUGCGUUGGACCCUUUAUUAAUGGUGCAUUAAAAUAUUUUUUAAAUAAAUGAAAA